AAAAUAUCUUAAUGCCUGCUCCAUCAAAUACCAGUAAACUUUUAAUCAAACGCCUUUCAGAACAUGCUAAAAUUCCUACCAGAGGAACUGAGCAUUCAGCUGGUUAUGAUCUCUAUUGUGCACAUGAUAUUGUAAUUCCUGCUCAAGGUAAAGCUAUUGUUGCCACUGAUAUUUCACUUGCUAUUCCUGUUGGACAUUAUGGUCGUGUUGCUCCUCGCUCUGGUUUAGCAUCCAAGCAUCAUUUAGAUACAGGUGCUGGAGUUAUUGAUGCUGAUUAUCGUGGUCCUCUUGGUGUCUUGAUGUUCAAUUUUAGUCAAACUGAGUACAAAGUUAAUCGUGGUGAUAGAAUUGCACAAUUAAUUAUUGAAAAGAUUUCAACACCUGAAAUUGUAGAAGUAGACAAGAAACAGAUCGUGGUGCUGGUGGAUUUGGUAGUACAGGAUAUCAAUAAGACGUUACUUCAAAUAAAAGACUUUAAAGCUAACUUAUUCUCUGGCUGUUAA